UACAAUAAAAAAUGCAGUAAGUAUUUAAAUCAUCAGUUAAAAAAUACUAAAUAUCCAAAAUGCCUAAGAGAAGUGAAAUAAUUUAAUCUAGAGCCUAACAUAUAACCAGGGUGGUGCCUGGUGAGCUGUCUUGGGGAAGGCAUUCCCUAAGCUGGAUACCACAACUUAGAAGGCCCUCUCUCUUGUAGCCAUCUACCUAAAUUCAUUUAGCAGGUACAGAGGAAGGCCUGCAAAGGUGAUCCUUUAGCUCAGUAGUGGGAAUUGGAUGGGCCCCCAUCAUCCCAUUGGCUAUACUGGGUUGUGCUUUGGAGAGUAGCAAUGUCUGGAAGGCCAAUGAUUCUCACCCCUGAUUUGGAUUCUCUGGCUUCAAGUUAUUAAGGGCUUUAAAGAUCAACACCAAUACUUUGAUCUGGCCCUGAAAAUGAGCCAGAUAACAGUGCAACCAGUAUCACAAGAUCAUAUCCACCAAUUGCAACUAGCAAGGUAGCUGUCCCUGAAAUUUCCAAACCUGACAUGUCUGGUCUAUUUUUAGUAAUACCUUCACAAAUAACACAUUGCAGAAAUUCAAACAGGAGAUUAUCAAGUCACUAAUAACUUUCACCAAGCUAUCUCUGUAUAGAGAGGGUUGUGACUGGUAUCACAUUUUAGCUUGAUUAAAAGCUUUCCUACAAAGUGAGGUCAUCUGUGUUUCAAGUGAUCAUGAUAGAUCCAGGAGCAUCCCUACAGCUGAUCCUUGAGAGAAAGUGUAAACCCUCCAGAACCCAAUGUUUUGUUUAUUGGAACUCUCUGUUUUCUUCUGUUUAAAUUAAGCAGAAUUUAAUUUAAUUUAACUUUUUUUUUUCACAGACGGCGGCUGAUUUCCCAGAGGUCUUCACUGGAGACUUUGGAAGACAUUGAGGAAAAUGCUCCCUUACGGAGAUGCCGGACUCUGUCAGGCUCACCCAGACCAAAGAACUUUAAGAAGGUUCAUUUCAUCAAGAACAUGCGACAGAAUGAUACACGGAGUGGAAGAAUAGUCCUUAUUAGUGGAAGAAGAUCUUUCUGCAGCAUAUUUUCAGUGCUGCCAUAUCGAGACUGUAGCCAUGUUGGAGAUGUGAAAACAGAAGGUGGGAGGCAGUGUCAUUCUGCUGCAGGAGUUUGCUUGAAAGACAUAGUUGGCCUUGAAGGUGUGGAGCUAGGAGAUAAUGGGAAGACUGUUUCUUAUACCCAGUUUCUUUUUCCAACCAAUGCCUUGGGAGCACGGAGAAACACCAUAGACUCUACUUCAUCCUUCUCACAGUUUCGCAAUGCAAGCCAUCGUAGCCUAUCGUUGGGAAGGGCUAACAGCACCCAAGGGAGCAUUGAUACAGGCAGUGAUUUGGGAGAUUAUAUUGAAUACAACCCUAAUCUUUUAGAUGAUCCUCAGUGGCCAUGUGGAAAACACAAGCGGGUUUUGAUAUUCCCUUCAUAUAUGACAACUGUCAUUGAUUAUGUGAAGCCAUCAGACCUGAAGAAAGAUAUGAAUGAGACUUUCAAGGAGAAGUUCCCUCACAUCAAGUUGACACUUAGUAAAAUAAGAAGCAUGAAGCGAGAGAUGCGCAAACUAGCCCAGGAAGAGUGUGGUUUCGAGGAGCCCACUGUGGCCAUGGCCUUUGUCUAUUUUGAGAAGCUUGCUCUCAAGGGAAAACUCAAUAAGCAGAACAGAAAGCUAUGUGCUGGGGCCUGUGUCCUACUAGCUGCCAAAAUUGGCAGUGACCUCAAAAAGCAUGAAGUCAAACAUCUUAUAGAUAAACUGGAAGAGAAAUUUCGGUUGAACAGGCGAGAACUGAUUGCCUAUGAAUUUCCGGUGUUAGUGGCUUUGGAAUUUGCUCUCCAUCUACCUGAACAUGAAGUCAUGCCACAUUAUAGACGUUUGGUUCAAAAUUCCUAGCACUGGUUACCCUUCCAAGAAGGGGGAGGGGUUUAAAAACAUAUUUUCCAUUGAGCUCAAAAGAGCAGAAGUUACUACUGGAAAUGCAAAAAUGGGGAACACAUGCCUCAAGACUUACUGUACUCUAUUCAGUGCAGCUUUUUGAAAAGAUACUAGGAAUAAAGCAGUAAAUUCCUUUUUAAGACUCUCAGGCUUCAGGAACUGUUUUAACUACUCAGUGCAGAUAGCGAAUGAGUUGCAUGUGAGUGAGCAUUGGCUGGAUUCAUACCACAUGGACCAAAUAAGAACUUUGUGAGUUGUGCUUACUUUUCCUGCAACAAUGAGGAUCUACAGCAGCCUUCGUUUCACAUUCUUUUUAACUGCUCCAUUCAUUAUUUGAAACUUUGUCAGCUUUUCAACAAAUGGGUGGUUUCCAGCUUACAGAACAAUCCUUCAAGCACUGGCAGGUUGUGGUGGAUUUCUUCACUGUGUCAAUGAUGUGCCAAUCUAUUUUUGUAUCUGUUAUUGAAAGUGCACUUUUCCUGAUAGAUGGGUGGAUUGUUCAUUUGUGAAACAAUGAACCAGGUGGCAGCCUUGCAUCAUUACUACAGUACUGUUUACUAAAGACGGGGGGCAACACUUUGGGACCAUCUGGAAAAAACAAAACUACUGAAAGGGAGGAGUAUGGUUUCGUUUAAGUAACUUCGGGUGGUAUUUUAUAAUCCCUUGAUGCUUUGAUUUCUUCCUCUCUGUAUAACGUCUUUUAUUUUUCUAAAGAUUACACUACUAAAUACAUGACAUACACAUACAAAAUGACUCCACUUACAACUAACCUUAUGAUUUCACUUUUCUACAUGAUGCCAUUCAUAUGCUGAUAUGUCAGGGAGAUGUCAUUUGGCAAUCGUCUCCCUUUCAGCCACACACUAACCUCUGCAGUGUUCCCUCUGUGGAGAUGGUUAGACUUGCACUCUGUAGUGUUUGUAUUUUGUGCUCUAUGUUAGAGUGCAUUCUGAGGCACAUUGAUGGUGCUGUAUGUUUAAACAGUGUUUUCUAUAACCAAUCAAACCGAGGAGCAGAAUUGGCAGCCUGGGGCUCUGACACCAGGAACACAUCCCAGCUUGGGUAAUUCUUCUUGUUGUUGCAUUAUUGUUGUUUUUAAAAUAAAAUAAGCUGUACAACAUUAAAUUUGAAAAAUUAGGGCACUAAAAAUGCUACUUUUUUCACACUUCUCAGAUGUUUUACUAUUCUGGAAUCUUGUAGUACCUUAACUGUGUUUGUAAAUUACCAUAUCCAGGCUGGAAAAGCUCAAAAUCCAAAAUCUCUGUGUAUUCUGUUUUCUAAAUACUGUAUGUGUGUAUAAUUAUUAUGUAUCAAACUAUAUGAGAAGAUAAUGACAGGUGGAUGUGCUUGGUAAUAUGCUAGAGGACAUGCAUCAAAUAAUUAAACAACUAUUUUUAUAUAUAGUUAAUGUACAUGUCCCACUUUUUCCAGUACUGAUUCACUUUACACAGUCCAUGACUGGCACAACAAUGUCAAUAAAGUCAAGUAGUUUACUGUUUU